CCCCCCUCCCCUCGUUCCAUUCCCCCUCCUCCUGGGUCGAUUCCCUUCUCGCUCUCCUCACAGCGCCUCCUCCUCUCCAAUCCCUAACCCUAACCCUAAGGCAAUGGCGCCAUCGCCCGCGGCCUCUCCCCUUCAUCGACGGCACCAUCUCGUCCGAGUACAAGCUGGAGGAGCACGUGUACGUCGGGGACGCAGCAAGGCCAGCACGCCAUCGGUCUCGCCUUCCCUGGUUCCUCGCCGAGCGCCACGAAGCGGAAGAGAGAAUGGUGAAGGAGAAGGGGAAUGAGAAGGGAAAGGGUGUUGGUGGAAAGGCAAUGCUCCUAGGUACCAAUUAUGGCCAAGAUAGCCAGGAGGUUCCUUACUAUCCCGGCUACCUCCGUGUCUUCAGAAUCUACCUUCAGCACGACCAGAAGGAUUUUAGAUGACCACAGGAGUUCGUUAAAACCAGUUAUAGUGGAGGCAUUAGUUUGUGGUGCAAGUUAUAUCAAGGGUGCUCACGUUGACUUGAAUCUGGUGCCGAGGGAUGAGAAUGAAGAGGAUGAUGUUGAAACCAUCAAGUUACCCAUCGUGGAGGAGAUCAACGAUUGACGCUCAUCAUGUGGGUUAUGUUGGAACUUGUCAAGUCAUGAACUGUGAAUUGUCACAGCUAGCUUGGAGAUGAACCUCUCAUUUGUGUUAUGUUCAACUUGCCAAUUGACAUGGACUUGAAAUUGUCAUUGCAAGUCUGUAAUCGUGUCGUUCAAUGAUGAUAAGACAUUAUGUUUGUGGAUGUGGUAUUUGUGUUGCUUAACCUGAUUUGUGCUAUGUUUGCUGUCAAAAUCAGUUGUUUUGAUGUCCAAAACACAAAGGAAAUGCUGUCCGAAUUUAGUUAUUUUUACUGUCCAAAUUUAGUCCA